CAAACCAGGGAACACUCAGCCCUUUAGCUAACGUGUCUCCACACUCGUGCGAGUUCUGUCAGACUGAACAGUUGGCGUUUUCAUUUAAAGGCCAACGUUUUCGACGCCGUCCAUGCGUGACUGCCCCUGGAUUCGCAGUUGGAAACUAUCGCUACCUCGGCUGGAAAAAAAAAUCCGCGCAAAACUGCCGCUGGAAGCAAAAAAAAGUUGCAUCCACACUUUAUUCCUCGUUCUUGUUUCUGCAUUUGAUACUUUUUAAGAGCCACGUUGGCGGGGAUCUGACUGAACUCAACUUUAAACAAAAUCCGCGUUAUCAGCUUUAAGCAACGCAUAUUAUAUGGACCAAAAUAAGCAAAUUGUUUUAUUAGAAGUCUGAGAAGAUUAAGGGGUAGCGCCGGCUGCCAAACCUCGUGUAAGGCAUCAUGAGUUCUGGUGCUGUGUAAGGAGAUAUGGUUCUGAUUACACUGUUUUCAUGGAAAUCGCGCAGUUCUUUGGAAAGCUCCGGGCUUCAGAUCCCACUGCCGAAGUCACCUGCCAAUACCCAGCCUAGAAGUCUCUGUCUGUUGCGCCGAGACACAUGGAGCCUCUGAGCCCAGGGUCAGCGGAUCACCGGGACAUGGGAAGUCUGUGAAAAUAAACAGCAGCUUGGCGAUUGGGUUUGUGUUGGUGGAGCCGGUGGUGAGUUGAGUUGUCCCUGCUACAAUGUCCCCUCUCAGCCGUGGCUGUUGCGUUGCAGUUCUGGGGAUGUGCCUCUGGGAGUUGGUCGUCUUCUCCGAUGGUGCCCGUGGGAACCCUGUGGAGGACUAUGAUUAUUAUCUGCAAGAGAUCCUUUCCAGAGAGGGUCUGUACCACCCCGAGGGACGCGGGAACCCAGAGGCUCCCGUGGAAAGUGAGCCCAGUGCAAGGGUAAAGAAAGUCAAAGAGAAGUCCGCAAGGGCGCCAGUCAAGAAAAGAAAUCACAAUACUGAGAAAGCGAAAAAAUCCAAUGGAAAAACACCAAAUAGUAGUCAAGAAAACUAUAAGGUGCCUGAAAAAAAGAUUGAGAAAUGUCCGCCACUGGGCCUGGAGACACUGCGUGUGGAUGAUUUUCAGCUUCAUGCAUCCACCGUCCAGCGUUAUGGUUUGGGGGCUCACAGAGGCAGACUCAAUAUCCAGGCUGGCAUCUAUGAAGAUGACUUCUAUGAUGGGGCUUGGUGCGCUGGCAGGAAUGAUAAUUCACAAUGGUUUGAAGUGGAUGCCAGACGACUAACUAAAUUCACUGGCGUAAUAACACAAGGAAGAAACUCAUUGUGGUCGAGUGCCUGGGUGACAUCGUACAGUGUUCUGUUGAGCAAUGACAGCUACAGCUGGGUCACCGUCAAGAAUGGAUCAGAUGAUAUGAUAUUUACAGCGAACCAAGAGAAAGAGAUUCCUGUACUGAAUGAGUUCCCCACUCCAGUAGUUGCUCGCUACAUUAGAAUAAAUCCUCGCAGUUGGCUCAAAGAUGGUGACGUCUGUAUGAGGGUGGAGAUCUUGGGAUGUCCCAUGCCCGAUCCUAAUAAUUACUACCACAGGCGAAAUGAAGUCAUUACAUCAGACGAGCUUGAUUUCAAACAUCACAGUUACAAGGAAAUGAGACAGAUGAUGAAGAUAGUUAAUGAGCAGUGUCCAAACAUCACUAGGAUCUACAACAUUGGCAAAAGUUAUCAAAAAAUGAAACUCUAUGCCAUCGAGAUCUCUGAUAACCCAGGAGAGCAUGAAGUUGGUGAGCCUGAAUUCCAUUACUCUUCAGGAGCUCAUGGCAAUGAAGUGCUUGGUCGUGAGUUACUCCUCUUACUGAUGCAGUUCAUUUGCCAGGCAUACUUGGCAGGAAAUCCAAGAAUCAAGCACCUUGUAGAGGAGACAAGGAUCCAUUUGGUACCUUCUAUUAAUCCUGACGGUUAUGAAAAGUCAUUUGAGAUGGGUUCAGAACUGGUAGGCUGGUCUUUGGGACGUUGGACUCAUGAUGGCAUCGACAUCAAUCAUAAUUUUCCUGACCUCAAUUCUAUUAUUUGGGAAGGAGAGGAGCGCAGGAGGGGCUAUAAGAAAGUGGAUAAUCAUCACCUACCAAUCCCCGAGUGGUAUUUAUCUGAAAACGCCACUGUAGCCGUUGAAACACGAGCAGUGAUUGCCUGGAUGGAGAAGUUUCCAUUUGUGCUGGGUGGAAAUGUACAAGGUGGAGAAUUGGUGGUGACCUACCCAUUUGACAUGACGAGGCUGAGCACAAAGGUUCAGGAGAACACGGCCACGCCAGAUGAUCAUGUCUUCCGGUGGCUGGCAUUCUCUUAUGCUUCCACACACCGCCUAAUGACAGAUGCAAACAGAAGAGUGUGUCACACAGAUGAUUUUGCGAAGGAAGACGGAACUAUCAACGGGGCAUCGUGGCACACAGUAGCAGGAAGUAUGAAUGACUUCAGCUAUCUGCACACAAACUGCUUUGAAAUAUCUAUGUACGUGGGCUGUGACAAGUUUCCUCAUGAGAGCGAACUGCCAGAGCAGUGGGAAAAUAAUCGGGAAUCCCUCCUUGUUUUCAUGGAACAGGUCCAUCGUGGUAUCAAAGGUUUAGUGCAAGAUAAACAAGGGAGAGGCAUUCCAAAUGCUGUCAUAUCAGUUGAAGGCAUUAAUCAUGAUGUUACAACAGCUGGUGAUGGGGACUAUUGGCGACUCUUAAACCCAGGCGAGUACAAAGUCAUUGCCAAGGCUGAAGGUUACUCGAGUGCAACCCGAAACUGUGAAGUGGGAUACGACAUGGGGGCAACUCCAUGUCAUUUUAUUUUGGCCAGGACAAACCUGGCAAGAAUCAAGGAGAUAAUGGAGAAAUUUGGGAAGCAGCCAAUCAACCUGUCACGUAAACGGUUUAGGCGGAUUCGGCACAGACGCCGCCAGUUGUAGGAACUCCUCUCGUGGACAAACUUACCAAGAGAUAGACUUUCUAAAAUAUCACGUUACAAGAUGUUUUAUACAACAUAACGCAUUCUGCUAAAAUACAAGGUGCAUUCUGUGUUUGUACUAUCUGCGGACACCACAUCCCGUUUCCUAUUUCAAUACAGGUCCACAACUGAUUAUCUGGCAACUGGUAGUCCGGCGCCUCCUUUAAUCCAUAAAAAAUCCCCCCCACCCCCGGAAAUCUCCCCGAAAACGUGGCGCCUAGGCCUGGUGAUGCGGACGAUCUCAACCUUAUCGGGACUUCCGUGCCGAUCGGCGGGUUGAAUCUUCCGGCUGCAGCCAGGGCUCUGGAGCUCCGGCCCGGCAGAUGCGAUCCCAUAGCCAACUUCCACGGCCAACUUUGUAUGCCGAUAUCUUGACCCUUCUAAGGCCGUGACCUCUGUUGGUCCAGCAAAACCGAUAAUCCAGAAAGGCUCUGGAAUUAAGGGUGCCAGAAAAUUAGUGGUGUGCCUGUACAACAUUUGUAACUUUUACACUAUUCAGCACUUUUCUGCACGACUUAAUUUGAAAAUCUGCCACACCACUCCAUACACACUGAGGACAUUUUAUUUGAAGAAGGGUCUAAGGGCCUUGACCGGAAACAUCACCCAUUCCUUCUCUCCAGGGAUGCUGCCUGUCCCGAUGAGUUACUCCAGCAUUUUGUGUCUAUCUUCGGCUUAAACCAGCAUCUGCAGUUUCUUCCAACACUUCCAGGACAUUUUAAUUAUGAGGUUUGGUAACAUUGGCCACCUCUAACAGAGACUAUAUUGAUUUUACUCAUUUAUCAAACAAGGUUGCCCUUUUAAUUGUUUUCCAAAUACCAGAAGGAUUCGGUUUAUAAAGGAAUAGAAACAAAUGUAAUCGGUACGCAGGAAAAGAGCAGCUGACCUAACAAACCUGCUGUACUGUGAUCAACAUGGCCGAAUAUUUCCUCCCUUCCCUAACUAAUCCAAAGACAUUACAGUGUCAGCAGCCACAUCAUCAUGUGGGAAAGGUUAACACAAAAGGUUAUAACAAAACUUGAGGAAAAAAUUCUGUUCCAGCUCACUCAAAUGUGGAACUUUAUCUACAAAGAUACUUCCCUACUAUAUGAUUCAAUCUUUACCACAGUAUGAAAAUAGCCCUACAUCCGUUCCAUCAGUUAGCAAGAGUGAAUACCCACCAUGUCAGUGUAUUCCAGAGACUCACGGCUCAGGGGAAAAGAAAGACUGCCUUUUAUAGUUUAAGCUCGUAACUCCUGCUCCUCCCAAUUAUCUGCCAACAUACAAUCUUUUAUACCCCUCUCAGUCUUUGCUCCUCUAAACUAAAUGUAACAAUAUCAUUGGGUCUAAUUAUGUUCCUUAAUAAUCAUCCUUAUUGCCAUCCUCCAAACCUUUAUCAUGGUAUCUGUCUCAAUCCUUAUUCUGGGGUCAAAGUGGGCACAGUAUUCUACAAUGUCAAAAUGGUGUCCUUUGACAUACUAAAUUAUUCUAUUAAUUCAACAAAAUAGCACGCUAAUUUUAAACUGUGGUCUCUCUAUUUUACUCACGAGCAUUCAGUAAUUGUGCAUAAUUGCAUUAAGAUGUCUUGCAGCCUUUUUCUGUAUUACCUCCUGCAAAUGAUGCAUGGAUUAUGUUUAACUUUGUGUUUAUCUAAAUUAAACACCACUUGGCAAUGCA